AUGAUGCGCGCCAAUUUCCUGAAGCUUGCCCAAAGUGGCCGCAGUAACCUUGCCAUCGCAGCACGUCGCGCCUCUGUUCUCAAUGUCAAUCAACGACUCACACCGAUGCUCUUGUCUCGUGCCGCGUCCCAUCAACCUGUUCCAAUGCGCCUCUUCUCUACGUCCUCUCCCGUCGCACAUCAGACAGCACCUAAAGUCGAUAUUACGCCUAUUACUCAGGCCGAGUAUCAUGAUUUGGCGGAUGAAUACCUCGACGCGGUGCUUACCAAGUUCGAGGAGCUUCAGGAUGAGUACGGAGAGGUUGACGUUGAAUAUAGUUCUGGCGUUAUGACCGUUAAGAUCCCUAACGUCGGUACCUAUAUAAUCAAUAAGCAGCCUCCUAAUAAGCAAAUAUGGCUGUCGUCGCCUAUCUCCGGUCCAAAGCGAUACGAUUACGUGCGAUCUAGCGAGGCACAGAGUGAAAAUCAGGAUAGUAGCAAGGGAGAAUGGGUCUACGCUCGAGAUGGCUCGACCCUGAGCGACCUUCUAUUAAAAGAGACAGGCGUUGUGGUCGAAUUGGGAUCCGAAUAA